AUGCCUAUUUUUGUUAUCACGAUUCUCUUGUCAACACCAACAAAGUCCUCAUCUAUUAAUUUUUCAUAUUAUCAAGUUACACCUCAUCUCAAUUCCUCCUCUUAUUCUACCCACUAUUCUUUAACAGGCUGUCUAUGUCUCUGUUUGACUUGUGUCGAUUGUCAACAAAUCGCUUAUUUGGUUAAUUCAUCCCAAAAUGAAUGUCAAAUAUCUAUUUCAAGUACCAAACCAGAUAUUGAUUCUUAUUCAACAAAUGAUAAUGAAACAGGUGUAUAUGUUCUACAAAAUUCAUCAACUUCACCACAGUGUAUUCAAACCAAUACAAUUUCAUUGGUGUAUAAUUCAACGUCAUCUACAAAUGCCACACAAUUAGGCUCUGGUGUUCAAAUUUCCUAUACUGAUUUUGGUUCAAGCUCAUCUGAUCAAAUAUACGCAAUUGAUAAUGUAAAGGCAAAUAUAUUUAAAUUAGAUAGUUCAACUUUACAAGUUAUUCAAAAUGGAACUUAUUCUGCGACAUGUACUACCAGUCUUGCUGCUAAAUUAUAUGCUUCGUUAAUUUACAUUAGCUGUCCAAAUCAAAUUCUUCUGGUUCAUUCUCAAACUAAUCUAUCUUAUAUACAAAAUUAUUCACUAAUAGCUGCUGCACAGGGUUUUACAUUUGUUAAUUCAACAUUUAUCUAUUAUAUAGGAGCUGUCGGUGAUAUUUAUACAUUGGAUAUGAAUAUAAAUACGAGUCAACAAAAAACAAAAAUUAGUGAUUCGUUUAACGCACCUUCAAACGUGAUUUUGUUCAAAUAUAACUACUUAUUUUUAGCUAGUUCUACAACUAAACUCUAUCGUUACUCAAUUGAUACUAAUACGACUGACUUGAGUCAAACUCUUUCAACCACCGCAUAUCACAUUGGCAUUUCAUUCGAUAAAUGCAAUAAUUUGUGGGCAAUUUUUAAUCGUCAGAUUCUUAUAUAUGAUCAACAAUUUAAUUGGCUAACAAGUGUAUCAUAUAAACAAGGAGCAGUACUCGAAAAUUCACCAUUUAAUGUUAAUGUAGAUAGUAAUUAUAAUUUCUAUACAUCAGACCUUAAUAAUGGUGUCACGCGUUAUCAACGUACUCAGCAAUGUUAA